AUGGAGUAUCCAGGUCCUGGGAAAGAUUUGCCACCACCUCCUGCUACGAUUCCUAAUGACGUUGUGCCUUUGCAAGCAGCAACUCCGAAACGAGCCCCCAUGGCUCGCCGUGGUCUUGGAGCUAAAGGGCAGAAAAUACCUCUGCUAACUAACCAUUUCAAAGUGGCAGUUGCUCUAUUUUAUGAAGAUGGCCGCCCUACUGAUGGAAAGGGAAUCGGCAGACGGGUUAUGGACAAAGUCCAGGAGACCUAUGAUACUGAGCUGGAAGGUAAAAAGAUUGCUUAUGAUGGGGAGAAGACCCUGUUUACUAUUGGCUCUCUUCCGCAUAACAAGAUGGAAUUCAUUGUUGUAUUGGAGGAUGUCUCCUUAAGCAGAGCUGGAGAUAACGGCAAUGGGGGUAAUGGCAGCCCUAGCGAUAAUGAUAGAAAGAGAAUGAAACGGCCCUACCACUCGAAAACAAUGAAAGUACAAAUUAGUUUUGCAACUAAAAUUCCAGUUCAAGCAAUUGCAGCUGCUCUACAGGGUCGAGAAUCAGAGCAUUUUCAAGAAGCUGUGAGAGUUCUAGACAUAAUACUAAGACAGAAUGCAGCAAGGCAGGGUUGCCUGCUGGUCCGGCAGUCCUUUUUCCAUAACAAUCCCAGAAACUUUGUUGAGUUGGGAGGUGGUGUCAUGGGAUGCCGUGGUUUUCAUUCAAGUUUUCGAGCUGCCCAAGAUGGCCUAUACCUGAAUAUUGAUGUAUCCACCACCAUGAUUGUUAAACCUGGACCAGUAGUGGACUUCCUAAUUGAAAAUCAGAAUGUUCGAGAUCCUCACCAUAUAGACUGGAACAAAGCUAAGAGGAUGCUUAAGAACUUGAGGAUUAAAACUAUUCACUCCAACACUGAGUACAAAAUCACUGGAUUGAGUGAAAAAUCCUGCAGAGAACAAACUUUCUCGCUAAACCAAAGAAGUGGACGUGACGGGGAUGGUGAAGUGGAAUCUAUUGAGCUUACGGUUUUUGAUUACUUUGUCCAUCACCGCAACAUGCAAUUGAAGUAUUCAGCUGAUUUCCCAUGCAUUAAUGUUGGGAAACCAAAGCGCCCAUCCUAUUUCCCUCUUGAGCUGUGCAAUCUAAUUUCAUUACAACGGUAUACGAAGGCAUUGUCCAACCUGCAAAGGGCUUCCCUCGUGGAGAAAUCACGACAGAAGCCCCAAGAGCGGAUGAGAUCUUUGACUGAUGCUUUGAGAAGCAGCCAUUAUGAUGCUGAUCCAAUGCUUCGUUCUUCUGGAAUUUCAAUUGGUUCUCAGUUUAUUGAGGUUGAAGGUCGUGUUUUAUCUGCUCCUAGGCUGAAAGUGGGAAACGGAGAGGACUUCUUCCCUCGAAAUGGACGAUGGAAUUUCAACAACAAGAAACUGGUGGAUCCAGUUAAGAUCGAACGUUGGGCUAUUGUAAACUUCUCUGCACGUUGCGACAUACGAUAUCUGUGCAAUAACUUGAUAAAGUGUGGAGACCUGAAAGGAAUUAGCAUAAGUCAACCAUUUCAGGUAUUUGAAGAGAGUCCCCAGUUUAGGAGAGAAUCUGCUCCUGUAAGAGUGGAGAAAAUGUUUGAGGUCAUUAAGUCUAAGCUUCCUGGGCCGCCGCAAUUCCUUCUGUGUAUCCUUCCAGAGAGGAAGAACUCUGACAUUUAUGGUCCAUGGAAAAGGAAAAAUCUUUCUGAUUUGGGGAUCGUCACACAAUGCAUUGCACCUUCAAAAGUGAAUGAUCAAUACGUGACAAAUGUGCUACUGAAAAUCAAUGCCAAGCUUGGUGGAAUGAAUUCCUUGUUAUCAAUUGAGCAUGCUCCUUCUAUACCUUUUGUGUCUAAGCAACCGACCUUAAUACUUGGGAUGGAUGUAUCACAUGGCUCUCCUGGCCAUUCAGAUGUGCCAUCUAUUGCUGCAGUGGUAAGCUCCAGGCACUGGCCAUUAAUUUCUCGCUACAGAGCUUCUGUUCGUACUCAGUCACGAAAGGUUGAAAUGAUUGCAAAUCUAUUCAAGCCUGUUUCUAAUACCACUGAGGAUCAGGGCAUUAUCAGGGAGUCACUGUUGGACUUUUACGCUACGUCGGGAAAAAGAAAGCCUGGUCAGAUAAUUAUUUUCAGGGAUGGAGUGAGCGAAUCACAGUUCAACCAAGUUCUAAACAUCGAACUUGACCAAAUUAUUGAGGCCUGCAAGUUCUUGGAUGAGAAGUGGUCCCCAAAAUUCACGGUGAUUGUUGCCCAGAAAAACCACCAUACCAAGUUCUUUCAGUCAGGAUCACCUGAUAAUGUUCCACCUGGUACUGUCAUUGACAACAGGGUUUGCCAUCCGCGAAACAACGACUUCUAUAUGUGUGCUCAUGCUGGGAUGAUUGGAACAACUCGGCCUACUCAUUACCAUGUUCUACAUGAUGAGCUUGGUUUUUCUGCAGAUGAUUUACAAGAACUUGUGCACUCCUUGUCAUAUGUGUACCAAAGGAGCACCACCGCCAUAUCUGUAGUUGCUCCAAUAUGCUAUGCCCAUUUGGCAGCAAGCCAGAUGACUCAGUUUAUAAAGUUCGAUGAUUUGUCGGAUACAUCUUCCAGCCAUGGUGGGGUUACUACUCCGGGUGCCGUUCCAGUUCCAGAAUUACCUCGUCUGCAUAAUAAUGUCAGCAGUUCAAUGUUCUUCUGUUAA